GGCGGUGAAUGUUGGUGAGGAAGAGACGAGUUUCAAACUUUAGUCUAGUUAAUGCGUAGUCAAAUAAUCAGUUGGAUAAUUGUGGACCAGCUUUAGCGCGUAAAUAACUAUGCGAGGUACCAGAUAACCAAUGUCGGAUUAGCAGAAGCUAGAAUGUUGGUAGCAUAGUUAGCUCGCUAAAUUGCUUAGCUUUCUGCGUCUUCCUCGUUUCGAGAACGCUGGAAAUGUUUAUAUGGCACACAGAAAGGAAGUGUUUAAAUCAAAGGUUCUCCAGAAGCUCUAUCCUGCAAUUACCACUCAGGGAAAGGAGCAAAACUUAUCAGCCAUUUCAGAAGAUCAGGCCACAACAACCCAUGUGAAAAGAACAUGUGGAGAAGAAAAUGCAUUUGGAGAUGCAGAGAUGCCACAAAAUGCAGCCAGUCAAUGCCGCCGGAUGUACACAGUCCUACCUCCUCCUCAAGGCUACAAUGUACAUGCAGAGAAAUCUGUGACACUCUUCCAGCUUGAAAGCGUAAACCGUGAAGAAGAUCCUACUGAGGAAAGUGUGCAUAGGAGCAAUGAAGAGGAAGAUGAAGAAAAGGAGGUGGAAGACCGGGAGGCGGAAGACCAGAAAAGGAGAAGAAGAAGAAAAAAGAAGAAGCCAGGCCCUUCUCAAGACUCUGGGAAAGAUGGCCCUCCGGUGAGCGACGGGUCAGGUCAGAGUCAGGUGGCAGUGGACAAAGGAAGCGAGCACAUUAGCAGGAACAAGAAGAGAAAGCUGAAGAAGAAGAGGCACAAAGAGAAGUUGCUGUCCUUAGGACUGAUGCCCCGUGCUGCUGCUCUGGAGUUCACUUACAGUAGAGAUGAAGAGGAGGAGGAAGAUAGCCAGAGAAAAGCUGCUGAGGUGUCAGAGUUCCUGAAGACAACACUGGAAAUCUAUUCGUCAGACUCCUCUCCUCGUGGAAUCAAGAUUCCUCAUCUUUCUGCUACAGUGGAUGGCCUUCUAAGGUGUCUAGAAAGCGGAUCUAACCCAAACUCUGUUCUCAACAAGCUGUACAGUCUUAAAAAAUUAAUUCAACAGAAUCAAGCUCAAAGUCUAGAAACGGCACUCGCAGAGCUCAACAACGACGCCUAUAUGUCUGAAGAGGAAGCCAAUGCUGUUGUUUCCCUGUUCAAAUACUGGAUCACAGAGAUUCUUCCUAUGCAGAGAGACAAGGAGACAAGACUUCCAACCACACAGCAAUAAUACCAUCUGCAACUAAAAACCAGACACUGUACAGAGGGGUUAUUUGUGCUUUUUGGGAAAUUUUUUGGUCUCUACUGAAAAUUAUAAUUUUUUUUUAAUAAAUGAAAAAAGAUUUCAUUUAAGGAUUGCUGUGUCAAGGAUUUUUCUGUCCUUAUUUAUGCGAACAAGACCCAAUUUCUACGUUUUUUCCAUUUAUGAGUUAUCUUGAAGUUGAAAAAAACAUGAAUAAUGUAACAGACUUAUUUUGACGUAGAUAUAAUUUGUAGUUCACAAAUCCUGUCAAAAAGCAAAUAUCAACUGUGUAAAAUGCUUUUUUUGUUAUACUUUUCUUAAUCAUAUUAAUUUGAUUUUAAAAAGAAACCUAUAACAAUGGGUUUGCUACAGUUUUGCUUCUGCAAUUUUGAGACCUCACACCUUUUCAACACGAUUUCCAACAAGUGUCCUGCUAAGGUCCUGCAUGCUACAACAGCAGACGCGCUGUACCCACCACACACGUAUGGCUUACACUAACAGAUGCUUGUCUCGAUGCCAAGAAACAUCAAUGCCUCAAAGGAAUAAUGAAGUCAGUGAACACCCAUUAACCACCAGGGGGUUCUUGACAUUUAAUUAAGUCUUUUAAAAGUUAGGUAACCUUCUUAACUUCCCUGUCAUUUAAUUCUUAUGCUCUGGAGCAUCUACAUAAAAUGAUUGCUUUAAGUAGUUUAUUUAAAAAAGUAAGCAAAAUCUGGUUCUAGGGGUUCAUUACACUUGAAACAUUAUUUUUCAAGAGUUACAUUUACACCAGACCAACACAAGAUUCUUAAUCCACUGUUAGGGCUAUGACAGUGACUGACAUCAAACAUUGCUAUGAGUGCUUUAUCAAAACGUACUAAUGAAAAGUCUAAUGUCGCAAGGAAUGGUGUUUGGCUGGAGUUGGUUCUGUAAGAGGCAUCAGACAUGUAUACAACGCUUGAGCAUUUUGUCACUGUCCUUGGGCUAAGAUGCUCCUGAAUCUGAGACAAUGUCAGAAGUAUCUCAUAUAGUUGAAGAAGAAAAGGAACAGCAUAGUGAUCCAAAGUCCUUUCAGAUGAAGUUAAUCUUUGUAAAAGUCUGAAAGGUUGUAGAAUGAGUCAGUGAUGAUUUAGGGAGUCACUUCACAAGCCUCUGUGUUUUAUUAAGUACAAAGUUAUCAUAGCCAUCUACCAAGAAACUCUAGUGUAGCACACUGCCAAUAAAAAAUCCAGGCUUAAUGACCAUGGUGUUACUGAGCUUGAUUAACCAGCAAAAUCAUCCGACCUAAAAGCUCGGGGGGGGCGACACUAGACCACAGUGGAGACAACCAGAAGGCCUCUAUUAAAGUAACCUGGGCUUCCAUUACAUCUGAACAGAGCUGCAGGUUGAUUGCUUCCAUAUUGCGCUGCACUGAUGCAGUAAUUUAUGCUAAAGGAACCCAGACCAUGCACUGAGUGUAUACUGAGCAUUUUAUGUCUCCGGUUGUGUGCUUUAAAUGGUAACAUUUGCACUCUUGUUGGUAAACAGUUUAAACCUAUACCACAUGGGGAUUUAACGCGAUUUCCGUAGAAUGCCUGUCUGCAGCUAUUUUAAAACGGUUUCCCACAGCUUACAGCCCAGCAACGAGUUCAGAGAAAGGCCAAAUAAUUAUCUCAGCUGGACGGUGACAGUUCGGUGGCCUUAGCCAAAGCUGCUUGAGACUUAUCACCUUCAGUGGAAGUGUUGUUCUGGAUACAGCACACACCAGUGGAGAGCAACAGGUUACGACUCACAACACAUAUGUGUGGGCGAUGACUGGGUAUUUUAAGAGAAGGCAGCCAUCUGUGGCCUGUGUUUGUGGAUGAAUGGAGACCAGGUGCUGCACCUGAUGGGAGCUCAGAUUCUCAUUGUUAUGAUAUUAGCCAGAGGAGAAAAUAAGGGCAGACGUUGUGAGAUUAUGUGAGAUCAAACAGGGGUGAUCAUUUGCAGAUUAAUGGACCGAUUUUAGAUUAGUUUAAUAGCUCGAGGCCUUUCAGUGCUGGAUCAACUGCUUAAUUAUCUUCCCAACAACAGCGAGUUUAUAAGUGUCAGGUUUAGAUAAUCCUCCUCACAUUUUUGUACUGAAUAUGUACGUAUAUUAUCUAUUGAGUAACCUGUUUUAUUAAAAAAGCUGUACAUUUGCA